CUGUUACGGGAAGCUAUCAGCUCAGCUCUCCGCUGUAAUCUCGACACUUUUACCUCAGCGACCGAUAGCCGCCCUCCUCCCUUCACCCAUUCCCGAACGAGUACCUAGUAUCCCGUCACUCUCAUCAUGGCCGCCCGUCUCCCCGCCAGCUUCAUCGGAAGCUUCCUCGCUCGCUCUACUUCCCGCCAGACAUGCCGCUUCACCCCCAACACCACAAGAUGGUCCCAGCAGCUCUCGGGCAAGCCCAUCAGGGCAUACUCCUCCGACGCUGCCCCGGCGCCCGCUCCUCUCUAUGCCAAGCUGAAGGGUGACCUCAAGGUCGCCAUGCGCGCCAAGGAUGCGCCUCGCCUGGUCGUUUUGCGCGCCGUUCUUGCCGCUGUUCUCAACGCCAGCAAGACCUCUCAGCCGAUCGAGACCGACGCCCAGCUCGUUGCCCUCCUCCGCAAGACUGCCCGCACCUCCCAGGAAGCUGCCGACCAGUUCCGUGCCGCCGGCCGUGGUGACCUUGUCGAGAAGGAGGAGGCGCAGAUCCGUGUCCUUGAGGAAUACGUUGCCGGUAGCGGCGUCCAGGCGGUUGACGAGGCGGAGCUCAAGGAUAUGGUCCAGGCGGUUCAGUCGGAGCUGGCGGCCGAGGGUGUCGAUGCUAAGAUGGGCGAGGUUAUGAAGAAGCUUCUAGGCCCCGGCGGACGUCUCGAUGGCAAGGAUGUCGAGAAGACCCUUGUUGCCAGGAUCGUCAAGGAGGUCAUGGGCACCAAGGCUUGAUUGGACUGUGGUGGAUGGUAUUGGAGAAACACCACCGGCUCAAUGCGGCUUUACGGAAUUCGAUUCGACUCGACCCCCUUCCUUCCUUUACGUCGGAAUAUACGACCCACGAUACCGAUUCGAUUCAGUGUACUAUUACUAUUACAACCUUGUACAACAACAUAUUAAAACGGGCGACGGAUGG